AUGGCCGCUUGCGAACGGAUUCGGUUUUGGGCAUUGGGGAGUUUGUUGCUGAUGAGUUUAUUUCUGACGGAAAUAAGCUGCGAGAAAUUGGUCAAGAAUGACGUACAGCCUGUGGAAGGCCGACUGCAGUCCUACGAUUCGUACUGGUACAAUGAUGUCUAUUACUGGUGGCCGUGGUUCAACGACAUGGCAACGGUAAUAAUGAUCAAGCUGAAGAUCGCUAUCGGAUUGGCAGCCAUAUACGCCUUCGGAGAUGGGUACUAUUGGAAGAAGUUCAAAGGCAGCAAACACGAGGGUGAGGAGAUCCUUGCAAGAUACCCGUGGACCAAUCAAAAUUAUUACAUCGAGGAAACGGUUGCUCCGAAAAAAUGCUUCUGGGAUUUUCUGAAAGGUUGGGGACAUCGAUACGCUCGGUCUUUGCAGAAUCAGGAGCCGGAUUUUGCAGAUUGGAUGUUCAAUGUGAUGGGUGUACCCGAGGGUGACUGCCGGAAGCGGAUUGUUUGUGAGCUGGAUUUUGAUGCCGGCAGGAAUCGUUCGGCGGGAUCCAAAUUUGAAUAUGAUUUGUUUAAAAAUUAUAGAGCGAAAAUUCCAUCCAGAAGAGAAGACUGUGAAACUACUUUUAACCGAUGUCGAUUGGUGAAAAAUAGUAAAAAUAAAACAUAG